GGAGGGAGGGGGGCUCUGCCUGCAGUCUGCCUUCACGCCUGCCCGCCCGGGCGACGCCGGGCUCUCGCCUGCCCCCCCCGGACCCUCCGGCCGCCCCCCGCGCCCCCCGGGCCAGGUGAGGCUUCGGUGCCGUCCCUCUCGGAUGUAGGCAGGCGAGACCCCGGAUGGAUUUCGGGAGCGUCAUGAACCAGGCUGUGACCCCCUGCUCCCCCACUGUCAACUAUGAGUUGCCAUCCCCGGGGGAGAGCAUCACCAAGCAGGUAGACACCCUGGAUGCCACAAAAUCCUCCAGGAGUGGGCAGUCACGCUGCAAAACAUCCAGGAGCAUGAGCCUGACUACGGCCAUGGAGAGCAGCUGUGAGCUGGACCUGGUGUACAUCACGGAGCGGAUCAUUGCCGUCUCCUACCCCAGUGUGGCUGAGGAGCAGAGUUACUGCAGCAACCUCCGUGAAGUGGCUCACAUGCUGAAGUCCAAGCAUGGGAACAACUACGUGCUUUUCAACCUAUCUGAACGGAGACGUGAUGUCAACAAACUUCACCCCAAGGUGCUGGAUUUUGGGUGGCCUGACAUGCACACCCCAGCGCUGGAGAAGAUUUGCAGCAUUUGCAAAGCCAUGGACACGUGGCUCAAUGCGGCGGCACACAAUGUGGUGGUGCUGCACAACAAGGGGAACCGUGGCCGGCUGGGGGUGGUGGUGGCUGCCUACAUGCACUACAGCAACAUCUCAGCCAGCGCUGACCAGGCUCUGGACAGGUUUGCCAUGAAACGCUUCUAUGAGGACAAGGUGGUGCCAGUGGGACAGCCAUCCCAAAAGAGGUACAUCCAUUACUUCAGUGGGCUCCUCUCUGGCAGCAUCAAGAUGAACAACAAGCCCCUCUUCCUCCACCACGUCAUCAUGCACGGCAUCCCCAACUUUGAGUCGAAAGGCGGUUGUCGUCCCUUCCUGAAAAUCUACCAGGCCAUGCAGCCCGUCUACACCUCGGGGAUCUACAACGUGCAAGGAGACAGCCAGACAGGGAUCUGCAUCACCAUUGAGCCCGGCUUGCUGCUCAAGGGCGAUAUCUUGCUGAAGUGCUACCACAAGAAGUUUCGCAGUCCUACCCGUGAUGUGAUUUUCCGUGUGCAGUUCCACACGUGCGCUGUGCACGACCUUGACGUUGUCUUUGGCAAGGAGGACCUGGAUGAGGCCUUCAGAGAUGACCGCUUUCCUGAGUAUGGGAAGGUGGAGUUUGUGUUCUCUUAUGGCCCUGAGAAGAUCCAAGGCAUGGAGCACCUGGAGAACGGGCCCAGCGUUUCCGUGGACUACAACACAUCUGACCCACUCAUCCGGUGGGACUCCUACGAGAACUUCAACAUCCAACGUGAGGACAGCGCGGAGGGGGCCUGGGCUGAGCCACCCCUGCCCAGCAAGCACCUGGAGAAAGAGGUUGGGCACACGCAAGGGCCCCUGGAUGGGAGCCUCUACGCUAAAGUGAAGAAGAAAGACUCCCUCCACGGCAGCACUGGUGCCGUCAACGCUGCCCGUCUCCCGCUCUCGGCAGCGCCCAACCACGUUGAGCACACACUCUCAGUGAGCAGCGACUCAGGCAACUCCACUGCCUCCACCAAGACCGACCGGACGGAUGAGCCGGGGGUGACCGGGGUGCCCACUGGCCAGGCGGUGCUGAGCCCCGAGGAGAAGCAGGAGCUGGAUCGUCUCCUUGUCGGCUUUGGCUUGGAGAGUGCACCGCCCAUGCACAACCACGUGCCCGGCCCCGUGCCAGCACGCCUGCCCGCCAUGCCAGGCCGCCACGUCGUGCCGGCUCAGGUGCACGUCAAUGGGAAUGCUGCAGUGCUGGUGGCUGAGCGGGAGACGGAUAUCUUAGAUGAUGAGCUGCCCAACCAGGAUGGGCACAGCGUGGGCAGCCUUGGCACGCUUUCCUCCUUGGAUGGCACCACCACUGCCAGUGAGACUGGCUACCAGGAGGCACCCCGGGUGGGCAGCCUCUCCUCCCUGCCCAAUGGCCCCUCGAGCUGCAAUGGGGCUGAGAAGCUGCUGAAGGAGGGGCUGUAUGAUGGCGAGCCGCUCUCCAAUGGCGGCUACCCCUACAACAACCAGAACACCCUGAUGGGCCACCACCUCCGUGACCCGCUGCCUUCCUUGUGGCCAUCAGCAUCCACUCAAGAGCACCUGACUGGCUACCCACAGCGCCCACCGGGCUCCCAUGCCCCGGGCUGGCUCCAGCCCCAGCCUCUGCCGAGCUCCCAGCCCUACCUGUAUGGCUAUGACCACCCCGGAACCUACCGCUCCCGGUCCUUCCCAGCGGUGGACACUGCUAAAUAUGAUGUAAACCCAGCGCUGCCCCAGGCCCCAGCUCGCAGCACAAGCAGCCGGGAGGCCGUGCAGAGGGGCUUGAACUCCUGGCAACAACAAGGAGGAAGCCGACCACCUUCCCGGCUGCAGGAGGGAGGCACGGAGAGCCAUAGCCCCAGCAUCUCCAGCUGCAGCCCCCAGCCCAGCCCACUGCAGAUGGUGCCCCCACACAGCCACAGCAUGCCUGAGUUCCCCCGGGCACCCUCUCGCCGGGAAAUUGAGCAGUCCAUUGAAGCCCUUGAUGUCCUCAUGCUGGACCUUGCACCUGCCGUCCACAAGUCGCAGAGUGUGCCUGCCACCACCCGUCAGGAUAAGCCGGUGGGACCCCUGCCCUCCUCCCUCUCGACCCAGGCUGUGUCUGGCCUCUAUGCCCGGCCAUCUCCGCAGGUGGCCCAGCCGAGGUCUUUUGGCACAUCUGUGAGCCCCGUGGUCUGUGAGCCUGGGGGCAAAGCCUAUUCUCCUGGAGAGAUGGACUGUGGGGUGCAUGAGUAUCGGGAAGCCUAUUUGCCUUACAACUACCAGCUAGCACCACUGCCGGAUCCGAGGAGCUACAGCCAUGCUCCGGCAGGAACACAGAUGGGCACUCUCCCAUCAGUCAGCACCUCCUACAGUCCUGUGGGGUCUCAACAGCUCCUCACGUCCUCCCCGCCUUCCCCCACCAUCCCAGCACAAAUCCAGAUGCCCCUCAAGGGACCGGAGAGCUAUGAAGACCUGUCGAGGUCGGCAGAAGAGCCCUUGAAUCUGGAGGGCCUGGUGGCCCACAGGGUGGCAGAGUACAACGCCAAGCUCAGGGAACUCAACAAGACCAUCAAAGUCCCCCGUCCUCCUCUGAACCAGCAACGGUCCUUCUCCGGGGUGCAGUCCCGGGAGAAGUCUCCUCCUGCGGAGGAGAGUGCUGUCCCUGCCCGCAAGCGGACCCCCAGUGACAGCCACUAUGAGAAGAGCUCACCAGAGCCCAGCUCGCCUCGCAGCCCCACUGUCCUCUCACCUGAGGUGGUCAGCACCAUCGCAGCCAACCCUGGAGGGAGGCCCAAAGAGCCUCACCUUCACAGCUACAAGGAAGCCUUCGAAGAGAUGGAGGGUGCCUCCCCCACCAGCCCACCCUCCAGCGGCGGUGAGAUUUCUCCCCCCACCCCAGCCUUCCCCGUCUCACCACAAACCCCUUACUCCAGCACCUUGCGUUCGCCCCCUGGCCUGGCCAAGACCCCACUCUCGGCACUGGGGCUGAAACCCCACAACCCAGCUGAGAUCCUGCUGCAUCCAGUGGGAGAGCUAGAAGGGGAAGCGGGCGGUGACUCUGAAGAAGAGCCCAGGAGCUAUGUCGAGUCGGUGGCCCGCACAGCCACGACAGGCAGGGGAGGGACCCUGCCGGCUGCCCAGCCUGGGGGCUCAGAGGUGCCCACCAGGAAUGGCACCUUGUCCAACUCCUUCAUCGCCCCCAGCCCCGUCUCCACCAGCAGCCCCAUUCACAGCGUGGACGGGGCCUCCCUCCGCAGCUACCCGUCAGAGGGCAGCCCCCACGGCACAGUUACACCUCCCCACACCUCGGUUGAGCCUGCGUACCGGUCACCUGUUGGCUCGCAGAUGCCCUCUGCUCACAGCAGCUAUCAAAACUCGUCUCCAUCUUCCCUUGCAAUGGUCCAAGGGGGGGUCCCAGGCUCGACAUACAGCAGCCCCGACUACCCCGAUGGCCGAGCCGGCAUCCAGCUGGAACCCCAAGCUCGGCCACAGCCACAGGUUAACGUGGUGGGGGUCCAUGCCCUGCCAGGGAGCCCUCGCACCUUGCACCGGACAGUGGCUACAAAUACACCACCCAGCCCUGGCUUUGGGCGAAGAGCCAUCAACCCCAGCGUGAGCGGAGCUCCUGGCAGCCCUGGGCUGGGCAGACAUGCUGUUGCAGCCCAUGGCAACCUGGUGGCCCCACCGGGGAGCCCCAGCCUGGCCAGGCAUCAAAUUGCAGCAGCCACCUCCCCUGGCAGCCCCCUGUAUGGCUACUCCAGCCCAGAGGAGAGGCACCUGACGUUGUCUCGGCAGAGCAGCUCCUCUGGCUACCAGCCUCCCUCCACGCCGUCCUUCCCUGUCUCACCGGCGUACUACCCUGGCACGAGCACACCGCACUCCUCCUCCCCGGACUCGGCUGCCUACCGCCAGGGCAGCCCCACACUGCAGCCCGCACUGCCUGAGAAGCGGCGGAUGUCAGCUGGGGACCGCUCCAACAGCCUCCCCAACUAUGCCACUGUCAAUGGCAAGGUGUCCUCACCCCUCUCCAGUGGCAUGUCCAGCCCCAGUGGUGGGACUGCUGUCGCCUUCUCCCACACUCUGCCGGACUUCUCCAAGUUCUCCAUGCCAGACAACAGCCCUGAGACUCGUGCCAAUGUCAAGUUUGUGCAGGACACUUCCAAGUACUGGUACAAACCAGACAUCUCCAGGGAGCAGGCCAUUGCACUGCUGAAGGACAGGGAGCCUGGGGCUUUCAUCAUCCGAGACAGCCACUCUUUCCGGGGAGCCUACGGCCUCGCCAUGAAAGUAGCUUCUCCGCCUCCCACGGUCAUGCAGCAGAACAAGAAAGGAGACAUGACCAACGAGCUGGUGAGGCACUUCCUCAUCGAGACCAGCCCUCGGGGUGUGAAACUAAAAGGAUGUCCCAACGAGCCUAAUUUUGGCUGUCUCUCAGCUCUGGUGUACCAGCACUCCAUCAUGCCCUUGGCUCUACCCUGCAAACUGGUCAUUCCUGACCGAGAUCCCAUGGAGGAAAAGAAAGACUCUGCAUCAGCCACCAACUCGGCCACGGACCUCCUCAAGCAGGGUGCGGCCUGCAAUGUCCUCUUCAUCAAUUCAGUGGAGAUGGAGUCGCUGACAGGCCCCCAGGCCAUCUCGAAGGCUGUUGCUGAGACACUGGUGGCUGACCCCACACCCACUGCUACCAUUGUUCACUUCAAAGUCUCUGCACAAGGCAUCACCUUAACGGACAACCAGAGAAAAUUGUUCUUCCGACGACACUACCCCCUCAACACUGUCACCUUCUGCGACUUGGACCCCCAGGAAAGAAAGUGGACUAAAACUGAUGGCAGUGGCCCAGCCAAGCUCUUUGGCUUUGUGGCCAGGAAGCAAGGGAGCACCACAGACAACGUCUGCCACCUCUUUGCUGAGUUGGACCCAGACCAGCCAGCUGCAGCCAUCGUCAACUUUGUCUCCAGGGUCAUGCUUGGCUCUGGCCAGAAGAGAUGAGGUGGUGCUUGCGGGUGAUUCUUGAAUUUUGGAGAAGGACUUGGAGCUGAUCCGAGAAGGAGUGUGAGGAAGUGCAUUGUGGGAGAGGGAAGUGAAUUGGGGGGGGAAAAGGGUUGGAAUUUUGGAGGAAAACGGCAAACAACAAAAAAAACCCCAAAGAAACCCCUAAAAACUCAACACAAGCCAAACACACACGUAGAAGAACCAAAACCACGCGCCUACAUAAGAGAGCCACAAAGUCACGCCAGACAGGAUGCAUGUCCCAUCGCGGGGAAGGUGACCAAAGCAAAGGCGGCAGUGAGAGGUGUGUUCCCAGCUUUCAGCAUCAUGGCCUGACUAGUGACAUCCAUUUGGGACCGAAUGCGGGACCAGGACUGGUGUCUUCCAUCUGGAAAAAAAAAGAACCAACUGGCAAAACUGUGGAAGAAGCUCUAUCCCAGCAUCUCCAUCAGCAGAUGUCUGCUGUGUGUUUGUAAUGACCCAUAGGAGAUAACGAUGUGGGCUGAGUCUAUGGGACACCAGAGGAGAUGCUCUCAGAAACCUUCACUUGUCCAGCUGCAGAGGAGAGUCCUCACCAGUCCCUGUGCUUCCCCCAAAACCUGCUCACUACCUGGCAACUUGCUGGGGACAUGGGGGAACUUGGUCCUGAUCCUUCCUAUCCCUGGGGAGCUCUGCCAUGGGCUGACCCGGAGCCCAGCGCCAGUCACAGGUGAGACGCUGUGAGUCCACCCAGAGAGGCAGGUCAUGGCGUUUCCCCACCACUGCAGGGGUGGUUGUGCCCUCCAGCCUGCGAGGAGAUGUGGGGGCUCCUGCUGCCCUCCACCUGGGGAAGGCAGAUACUCCCCGGGAACCUGGAGGAUGCAGAAAGUUGCCUCCUCUCCCAUCUUCCCCUUUUCCCUCCCCUCACUAGUCCUCUUUGGCAGUUUUCUUCUGCGGCCUGUCACAUUCUCUUAACACAAAAAAGCAAAACAGAAAGGAAAGUAAUACAAUGUAAUAAUAAUAAUAAUUAUAAUAAUAGCGGAUGCUGGCACAGGUGGGUUCCCUGUGUGAAGCAGCAGACCCGUGGCUACCCCUGUCUAUCUCUUCAGAGACACGCAAGCGGUUUUUAAAUUGCAUGGACAUUCAAGUUGCACGAAAGGCAAAUGACUGCAAGUAACUCAGGCGCUUUUUUCUCCUUUUGUUUUGGAGGCCACGUUAAAAAAAGAAAAGGAAGAGAAUUAAAAUUAAAAAAAGAAAAAAAGGAAAGGAUCUGCAGUGACUGGGCAACUUUGGCUCAGUGGGGAGGUAACAGGUCCUCUGAGAGCCACCCUGGUUGACACAUGCAUAACCCCAAAGCCUUCUGGCUUGAGGCUUGUGCCCCUCAAAUGCACCAUAGUUUUGCAGUGACUUCAGUGCUGUCAGCUUUUCCCUUUUCUUUGGAAAGUGAGGAGGGCAAGCCAGGAGGUGACAGGGGUGAAGGGCCUCCAUGCUGCUGCAGGGAGAGAGAUCAUGGUUGGGGGGCAGCAGGUGGAGGUCCCAGCCCCGUGAUGCCGGGGAGAGGGCAGAGGAUGCUUCAGUCACAUGUGCAGGUUUGGGGCAGGGACAAUGAUCUGGCUGGAGCUGUGGGGUCAUUGCUUGGCCCUCUGCUGCAAAUAUUCCCCCCAAGAGCUUUCUGGGAGAAGUUUUCAAUGCAAAGUGGCCCAGAUAGUCUACUGGGGACAAAAAUUAGAAACAUAGCACUGCAGUCCCUCGGAGAGCUUAUCUCCCUUGGACCGCCCUUGCCUUGAUAGCUAUAAUAUAUAUACGAGCUAUAUUGACAAAAUACUGUAAGCUAAUGAAAUUCUAAGGAGGAAAAGUUAAAUUUACACUCUGAAAAUAUUUAUUUUUGCCAUAUUGCUUUCUGCGCAUCAUAUCUCCCCCAUUAUAUCCCCCCCUUCCCCUGCCCUGGGGAAACACCUGCACGUUAAAAGAAAAUCCAGAGCAAGAUAAAAUACAGAUGGGGGAAGAGACAGGGGCCCCCUGUGUCAGGGUGGUGUGUGUGAGCGAUGUGUGUGUGUGUGUGUGUGUGUGUGUGCGUGGGGGAGUGAGCGGUGUGGGCGGCCAGAGAGGGCUGCCAGGGCCGGAGGCUGUGCUGAUGUACUGAAGCGAGUGUGAAAGGAUGGGUAGCAAGGCGUUGGUUGUGAGAUGGUGGUGGGACAAGGGAGUCUGGGGGGGGUUUCCCCCCGCCCAGCUCCCUGGCCACACAGAUGCUGAGACCUUUUAAUUUUUGAUAUUUCCAAAAAGCGAUUCCCUCCUUCUGCGAAAUUCAAGCGAGACAAGAGACAAUCUCACCCGUGAUCUCUUCACCCUGCCGUUCACCCAUCAGAGAAAACACUGUGUUUAUAGAUAUAUAAAGAUAUAUUUUUGAAAGCCUCUAUUUUUCAGACUUGGUUUCUCACUGCUAAGAAAAGAGAUGAUAAUAAUGUAAUUUUAUUUUAAUCUGCUGCCUUGGAAACCGGUGCUUGAAACUCCCAUUCCUCUUUUUCUCCCCGUACAAAUGAAACAGAUCUAAGCACCCCAGAGAUGUUGUGUAGAAGCCGACCCCAGCAGAUACCUGCCAAUAGCAUCAUGCCUGCUUCGGGCCCCGAGCCACUCACGGCUUCCCCACUAACCCACUAGCUGAAGAUUUAGACCGUAGCCAAAUCUCAAACACUAACAAAAUUAUCUGAUGAUUAUAUUAUUUUUUUAACACACAGCUAAUCACCUUCCAAUGAUGUAGCCGGGUGUUUAUCAGCUCCCUUUAAAGGCACUUUUUUUUCCUUUUAGCUCCUUUUUUAAGUUACGUUUUUAGGUGUAACUACCCUUUCUGUACCCGGGAGAGACCGUCAGUGGCAUUGAGGAUUGCCCAGGUCCUGGGGCUGGUGGGGACCUAGUGUUGAUAUUUUUUCCUUACAAAAGGGACAGAAAAUAAUCUGUUCUUUUUUCUUUGGUUUUUUUUUUAAGCGCAGUCAUGCUAUUUGAGAUUCGAGCUUGCGCGAGUUAAGCCCAGCAUAUGUUUUGUUGUAAUCACACUGCCGUUGUCAGCAGCCGGAUGGUAUCUCUCUCUCGCUCACACACACACACAAACACACCCCUCCUUCGUGCACAAAGAACUGCAUAUAUUCUUGCCAAAGAUAUCCUUAAAAACGCACUUUCCCCCACAUAUAUAUAUAUUAUUUUUUGUGUGUGUGUAAGUUUAUUGUACGUGCCCUUUUUGUGUCAGUUUGUUCUUCAGAGAAGCCCCUUCCCACCCGUCCUCCCUUUGCUGUUGAUAUUGCUGUCUAUUGGGAAAUGCUCCCUGGGGCGGUAAUUUGCUGUCUGUGCCACAGAGUGGCACCUGCAAUGCAUGAAAUGUGGGGCUCCCAUUCGAUGGGCUGCGUCUGGCUCUGCCCCCCGGGAGCUGUUCUGGGAGAUGAUCCAUGUCGUUAUCUGCUGAUGGGAUGUACCCAUCGCAUGGUCUUUGCCAGCCCCUCAUUGCUGGUGGAGAUGGGGGGGGCUCAUGGUUUUGAGUAAAGUUUGGGGUUGCUCUGGAUGCAGCAUUUGCUGCCUGCCUCCUGGUCAAAUCACACAUGGAAAACAAACUAGGUAGGGAGAAAAACCCAACCUAGCCUCCAGGCAUUGAUUUUCCAGCGAGUUCAACCACCUGAACCGAAGUGUAAAGUAAAUCCCCACCCAGCAGGUCGGGCAGGUAAAGAAACCAGCUGCCCCAAAAAACCCAGACAACAGCAUCAACAAAAGGCAACCAUUCCCGUUGGAGCAGGCAGGAGGAUCAGACAGCAAAGGAGCCCGCAGGGGCUUGUUUCAUUUCGUUCGUUUGUUUUGCAAAUUGCGAGGUUGGUUUGGGGUUACUAAUUUUUUUUCUUUUCCUUAAAAAGGGAAAAAAAAAAAAGAAAGGAAGCAAUACGACAUUUCUGUUGGCGGAUCCUGUGCCGUCGUGUUAUGCGUGUUUUUUUUUUUUGUCAUUGUUGUCUUUGUUACUUUGGAAAUGUUACAGAUUUAUUUGCUAAUCAGUGUUAACAGUUUCAAACUUUUAGACUCGCCCAUUUCUGUGUAUUUAUAUAGAUGGAAAAAAAAUACAUUAUAUUUUGUAUCUUUAUGCCCAUAAUGUUGUUGUGCGUGUAAGGAUGACUUCGGUCGCACCAUGUCUGUGUGUGAAUGUCACUCCUCUGUUGUCUUCCCAUUGUACAGAUGUUGGAUUCUUUGCAGUUCAUUGUAUGGCUUUAUAAAGUGGUAAAAACAAAGAAAAAACCCCCAAACCCCAGUUAUAUAAAAUAUACUGUUGCUUGGAAUGCCAGCUUGGUGUCUGGAUUGCUGGAACUGUACCUUGAAAUUUAAGGGAGCGUAGGAAUAAAUGUUCUGUUCUUUUUGCACAGGGAAAAAA